AUGGCGGAUGAGGAUGGGAAGAAGGAGGAGGGGCGUGGUCGUGCUUUCGCGGCCAAAGCGGGCAUCAUCCAAUCCGUAUCUGCGGAGGGAUGUGCGAGUUGUAGAUUGUAUCGAGUUCGUGUACCGGGUACAUUUGUGAAUUCGGCCGAGCACCGAAAUGAUGGGAUGCAAAGGAGAGAAGAAUACAAUAUCAUCGAUUCACUGUAG